UGCAAGACACGUUACGUGUCUUUAAUGGAACAAAAGCUUUGCGGAUUACAUUUUGUGCUACUAUUUUGACAGUCAUUAGUUUCAUAACUGUGCUCUAGCCUAUGUGGCAAGUUACAAAACUUUGUGGACUAGAGGGGGCGGUGGAAAAGGUAGACGAUCUUCCAGAAACGACAAAAAACGACUGGAGAAUGACCCAACCCCUUGAGUGACCUCUUGAAAUUCCGCAGCUAAAUUUCCUAUCUCGCCCUGCUCGCUUCUUCCGACGUCUCGCCACAAUCGCUGUCUGGCAAAGAUGAUGGCGAUGGAGAACUUCAAGCAAUUCCUUGUCCUCCUCGUCUCAGCGUUGUCCGUCGGAUUCGUGUGCAUAGUUUUUGUUUUGAGAUGGGUUUUCCACUUCAAAGAGGGUCUUGCUUGGGACGGUGGAUUGGCCGAAUUCAAUUGGCAUCCCUUACUGAUCGUGAUUGGGUUUAUUUUCCUCCAGGGAAUCGCCAUCAUAGUGUACAGACUCCCUUGGACGUGGAGAUGCAGCAAACUAAUGAUGAAGUUUAUCCACGCUGGUCUAAACAUCCUGGCGUUGAUCUUGGCUGUGGUUUCUCUUGUCGCUGUAUUCGACUUCCACAACGCCGCGAACAUCCCCAACAUGUACAGCCUUCACAGCUGGGUGGGGCUAGCGGCAGUCAUACUGUACGCACUUCAGAUUGUGCUGGGCCUGGUUGUCUACCUGGUGCCCAUCACCCCAGGGUUCGUGCGGGCAGCCCUGAUGCCUGUGCAUGUCUACGGGGGCCUGUUCAUAUUUUCCAGUGUGAUCGCCACAGCCCUCAUGGGCAUCACAGAGAAACUCAUCUUUGGCCUUAAAGACCCCAAGUAUAAGGACUCCCCCCCGGAGGCGGUGUUUGUGAACGUGCUGGGGCUCCUGCUGUCCGUGUUUGGGGGGCUAAUCCUGUGGAUCGCCACACGCCCCCACUGGAAGCGGCCCGCGGAGAGCCAGCUGCGUCUGGCACACAAUGAUGACCUCGCCGCCGCCGCGUCCGAGGCAGGUGCCAAUGGCGGCGCUGCUGUCACCAUGACGACGGGCGGAGACCAGGAGAGCAACGGAGAGCCCCGUAGGAGGAAUGGGAAGGGGGAGGAGUCGGCGGCAGCGGGCAGGAUUAACAUCUGAGCUCAACUGACCAGGGGUCACCGGGGGUCAGAUUAUUAUUAAGAUUACUUCAGGAAUAUUAUGUUGGUAUAAAACUCAACACGGCAAAGUUUCUGAUCUUUCACUUCAAUACAGUUGUUUUUACAAAUAGCAUUCUCUUUGUAUUGUUAUCAAGAGAUAUUUUUGUAUUAAAAGUGACUGGUUUAACAUGGUCACACAGUGAAAAAAAACAUAUCCAAACUGCUGUCUUGCACAAAUCCCUUGUGUGAGUCUGACCAAAUACUUAAACGCACAUUUCUAAUACAUAAUUAAUUAAAAAAAAAGGGAAAAUAGGUGGGAAAGGGAAAACAACUGUAUUACUUUAUUACUGAAUAUGGUUGCGCAUCAGAGGUCAUGUUUCAAAGCCAGUUUCCUAAUAAUCUAGUUCUGCUCAUGUGGUCUAUGGGAGGAACAGGAUGGGAAGGGCUGAGGAUGUGCUUGCUGCUUUUCUAUUGCACUAGGACUAGAUGUCCACUGUAUCUAGAGUACUCACUAGUUGAGCUGUAGUAUAAUCAGACCACCUCUCUUCUCAUUAUACAUGUAGUCAUGACCGAAUAUUGUGAUGAAUUGACUAUGAUAGAAAUGUGAUGUGCAUGAGAUUUGAGUCAGAGUGGGAUGAGGAAAAGAGGAUAUUGCGGGGUUUUGUUUACAGUGGUCUGACAGACUGCUGAUCAUAAAGGUAUUGUCUGCUUCUCAUUGAGUAAACCAAUAGCAAUGGUGAGCAGCUUUCCAUCUCAUUUACAUUUCAAAUGAAUGUCUGUAAAAACCAAACAGGAAUUUAAAAGAUGACCCCAUAUUACAUUUGGGCAGAGAAUACCUUUUGACUUUAAAUGUUGACUAUAAAGGCCAGUUUGUAAAGUGUUUUCGAAAUGUGUAGAGAUUAAAACCUGCUGAUUUAUAUUUCUGCUAUUAAAUAUAUUUAGAAGCA